AUGGUCUCCCAACAAGAGCGCGACAUCUUGCGCGCUGAGAUUCGUUCUCGAGGGACUAAACUCUCGGCCGCUGAUCGCGAAAACCUCAUUAAACCAUACCUUCCUGACCCCUCCGAUCUACCGCAGACCCGACCCAGAGCGUCCACCGCGACCUCCGCCACCGGCUCACGACGCCAAAAGACUCGCAAAACGCCCAUCCGAACCUUUGUCAAAUCACAGAUUCAUCGUCUGACUUAUUCUCUUACCCAUAUUAUCUUUGGAAUCAUCGUGCGCCUUUUACAAGCCUACCAUGCUGUCGUGGAACGCAUCUUUGCUAUUGUCUAUCACCACCACCGCACUCCCGAACUCAUUCGCAAGGAUGUUCGUGGCUUGAAACGCUUGCCACAGCAUCUGAGUAUUAUUCUCAAUCUUCGCACGGAGGAUGAUGCGUUAGCCGUGUUAAUGGAUGAGGUGGCCGAGUUAGCAGCCUGGAGUGCCUGUGCGGGGAUUCCACAGCUCAGCAUUUAUGAGAAGACAGGUGCUCUUAAAUCCUGUAUCCCUGCCCUUCACCAGAUCAUCAAUGCCAAACUCGCCUCUUACUUCGGUUCCCCCUCGCAACAACCUACUCUGCAAGUCUUCGCGCCUCACCAUCCUGUCUAUGGCGAUCUCUCUAAUUCCAAAUCCGAGGUUCCUCCUCUAACCCUCCUUCUCCUCUCUUCGACUGAUGGCCGAGAAACAUUGGUGGACUUGACCAAGACUCUCGCCGAGAUGUCCCAGAAUGGAAGACUUUCUCCAGAGGAUAUCACACCGGAAUUGGUUGACGCCGAGAUUAGCGAAAUCACCUCCCAACCUCUCCAGCUUGAUACGGCUGUUCGUUCCAUGGCUGAUAUCAUUAAGCCUGAACCUGAUCUACUUCUGAUCUUUGGUGCUUUCUUGAAGCUCGAUGGCUAUCCCCCGUGGCAGAUUCGUCUGACGGAGAUGUACUGUACUGGUGAUCGCAGCCAUGGUAUCACUGGAUAUGGAGAGGCGGUUGAGUACCAGGGUUUCAUGCGGGGGCUAUGGCAUUUUGCUGGUGCUCAGAUGCGAUUUGGACGGUGA